CUUCCAGAUGUGGAGAGAUACAUUUGAUCAGGACGGUCUGGCUUUGAGCGCUUUCCUUGUCGACCGUCUCUUCUAGUCGAUCGCCUUUCAUUAACGAAGAAGUGAAAGUGGAAGAUUCGGAUCUACUUCGGCCGCGAUACAGGGAGAAUGCAGGGCCGCUUACCUAGCAUGCUGGCGUGUUGAUGCCAGGGGAUAUAUCUAGCCCUCUGUUCAACAGGCAGUGAUCGAUAGGCUCCUGGUAUCCUACUGGAGAUUACUCAGCUAGACACUAUGAGAAAACUACGUGUUCUUGCACUUCACGGUUUCGGGCAAAACGCACUCAGAUUUCAGAAGGCGAUUGGCGCUAUCGCGAAGGAAUGCGCCGCUGACGUCGACUUUGACUCGGACCGAUUCAACGGUAUUUUCGGCUUCAGUCAGGGCGGCAUCGUUGCUUCUUAUCUUUGCUCAUUCCUCGAGAACCGAGACGCCCACCCACUCUUCGAAAACUGUAAUCAUCCACCAUUCAAGUUCGUCGUCCUUGCAUCCGGUCUUCUGCCAAUAGAGCCAUCUCUACCUCCGAUAAUGAUCCGCACGCCGAGCUUGCACGUCUUUGGACGCAACGAUACCUAUAUCCACAACUCGGACUCGCAUAUGCUGGCAGCGGUCUUCAAGCGGCCGAGGAUCGAAUACCAUGAUGGCGAACAUUUCGUGCCCACCAAACUCACUUGGAGACAAUUCUUCCAUGACUGGAUGUUGGCAUUCCGUCCCGAGACGACUGUCAUCCCAGAAGCCGUCGCAGAUCCAGUCGCGAGAUGCGGAAGCGGAGAGCUGCUGUCGAAGCUGUAG